UUAGUUCGGUCGCAAGGUCUGCUACAUGCUAGGCACAUGGCCUGAAGAUUCAACAUGGCUGCAGCGGGGUGGAGCGCGGGCUUCACCAGCGAGGAGUAGGGGCUUCGACUUUCGAGUGAUGAAGAUUGACCCGGAAAAUCCGGGACUCACCGGCAUGCACGGGCUCGAUUGGGAGAUGGUCUUGUGUUUGUUGCUCGCCUGGAUUCUUGUCUGCGCAUGUCUGUGCCGUGGGAUCAAGAGUUCCGGAAAGGUCGUGUACUUCACUGCCACGUUCCCGUACCUCGUACUCGUCAUUCUGCUUAUCAGAGGAGCGACGCUAGAGGGCGCCAUCGACGGCAUAAAGUUCUACCUGAUACCCAAAUUUUCCAAGCUUCGUAAUCCUCAGAUGGAUAGUGUGUCGGCCGCUUUCGGGGGCGCCGGCAGGGAUGUUGGAAUCGGGGUAGGGGUCAUCAUAGGGAUGGACACGCUCAUCGUUACCAUAGGCAACUGCCUGACGAGCAUCUUUGCUGGAUUCGUCAUCUUCAGCAUCGUCGGAUUUAUGGCGCACGACCGCGGUGUGAGCGUAGAGUCGAUAGCUAAAGGAGGAUGCGAUCGGAUUAGCUGUGAGACAAUCAGUUUUGGAACGAGAACUUUCGAUACGCAGGAGGCAGACCGCUACAGACAGUAA